GUUAGGCGUGUGUGUGCGCCACGGAUUAAAGAUGGCGCCCUCUCACGUACUGAAGUGCUGCAAGCGGGUCUUGAACUGGGUACCUGUCCUGUUUAUCAACCUGGUCGUCGGCUGGUCCUACUACGCGUUCGUCGUGGAGCUGUGUGUCUAUACAAUCCCAAAUAAUGCAGAAAGAAUCAGCUACUUGGUCAUCUUUCAUAUUUGCCUCAUCAUGUUUAUAUGGUCCUACUGGAAAACGAUCUGGUCCAGACCGGCCAGCCCGUCCAAAGCGUUUGGUCUUCCCAGAGCUGAGAAGGAGCUGUUUGAGAGAGAAGAGCGAGCUGAGAAACAGCAGGAGGUCCUGAAGAAGGUGGCCAGGAAUCUACCGGUGUACACCCGCACUGCAGGUGGAGCUGUCAGAUACUGUGAACCCUGCCAAAUAAUCAAACCUGACCGCUGCCAUCACUGCUCCACCUGUGAAACGUGUGUGCUAAAGAUGGAUCAUCACUGCCCCUGGGUGAAUAACUGUGUUGGAUUCUCAAACUACAAGUACUUUGUGCUGUUCUUGGCCUACGCCUCACUCUACUGCGCGGUGAUCUGUGCUACCGUGAUUCAGUAUUUCAUCAAAUUCUGGACGAAACAACUUCCUGACACACACGCCAAAUUCCACAUCUUGUUUCUGUUCUUUGUGGCGGCUCUGUUCUUUAUCAGCGUCCUGUCACUUCUCAGCUACCACCUGUGGCUCGUGGGAAAGAACAGGACCACUAUCGAGGCGUUUAGGGCCCCUGUCUUCACAAAUGGCCCGGACAAAAACGGGUUCUCCCUGGGUUUCAGCAGAAAUGGAGCUGAGGUCUUUGGCGACCAAGCCAAAUACUGGUUUGUCCCUGUAUUUUCAAGUCUCGGGGAUGGACAUUCCUUUGUUACCAGAUUGGUUCACAUAGAUCCUGAACAAGCAAACAGUGUCCUGCAGCAAAAUGGAAAAAGCCCUGUUGACGGGGAGACCACCACCUGUGGGCUCGGUAACACCUUACAACACCCAGUGAACAGCAGUAAUGAUGGAGUUGAGGACCACGUGGUCUCUGUGACCAUGGAGAGCGAGCCAUAGCAGGUUACAAGCACAUCAGGAAAGUGCUCGUCUAUUAAAAUGCCUUAAACCAGGAGCAUCUGCACCUCCACCCUUAUGUUGAGUCCGACAGUACAGCCACACAUCAUUUAUACUAAAUGGAUUGUAGUUCAACAACAGCGCUGUUAUGUCGUCAGGCUGCAGCAGGUUAUUCUUUGUUUUGAACCUAAAAUGUUCAAAUAAUUGCAGCAAAAGACUCUUAAAGAAGCACUUUGAUGGUAUUUGCAGUACAGACCCCAAACUCUGGGGAUCUUUUAUUUCCCUUUUUGAGCCAGUGUAUGUUUGCAUUUUCUGUUUAUUUAUCUAUGUUGCUUAAUCACAUUUUACUAGAGGAGAUCUUUUGUCAGUAUUAAUUAAGCAUUAUUAACCAAACUUUGCAUCUGGUUCUGUUAUAAGAGAACCAUGGUGUGGAUGAUACCUAUAUGAAAUGGUGAGACGUGUGCAAUGUGUUUGAUCAGUUCUCAACUUGCACAGUGCAAGUACCAGGACCCGUACUUGAGGGUCUGAGUGGGUUUACAGUUUCAAAUAUUUUAGCUUUCUGUUUACACUUUGUUAAAGAUAUAUCAUUUUUGCAUUGUAAAUUUUUUUAAAAGAUGGUCAUUAAGAUUAAGAUGUAAGGACCAAAUCAGUUAAACUGCAGUUAAAAUAGGUUUUCUCUCAGUUCCUUUAAGCUUUUUUAAUUACAUCAACAAAAGUAGCUUAAAAAAUUAUCAGUUAUCGUCAUUCAGGUUUUUUUUUAUUGAUUUUAGUUUGUAUUUAAUAGAUGAUUUGUUAUUUUCAUUUUUUGUAGUGUUUUAGUUGCAAAAUACUGUUUAUAAUUGUUGUUUUUAGUUAUUCUCCAUAAAUCUAAAGGAUGUUUUUAAUUUAAGUGUUAUUGCCAAGGAUACAUUUGAUAUAUUUAAUAUGAAUAUUUAGAAAAUGAGCAGCACAAAAUUGAACCCUUUUAAGAAUCACUUAAAGACCAUUUUACAGUCAGGGACAUUUGAACCACUUCAGCCAAAGCAGGAACAGAUGAGGUGAGCGUCGUAUAACAGUGAUGAAGAACUGUUAUAAAGAUCAUGAACCCAUUUCUGUUCGCCUUCUGUUUCAUGGUAUUAGAUUAUCACAAUGCACAGUGCAGUCAGGACAGGAGCUCAUACUGUCGCUCAGAAGCUUAACAGCUAAUUUCAUUGACUGAAUUUCACAGGUAAUAUUAUUUAAAACCUUUACUUAAAUAACAAAAGCAGGCUGAUCUUUGCUCUGUAACAAUAAAGUUAAUUUGAGCUGUGA